AUGUAUGUACAAGCAACAGGAGUUAUUUAAUCAUAAUUGUAUUAUAGCCGGCUUUAGUAGGCCGGCCGGCAAGCUACGCCCCUAUUUUCUUCACUCCUUUAAAAGAAACAUCAACGAUGCUCGAUCUCCAUCCUUACAUCAAUCCAUUCUCUCUUGCAAAGAAGAACCAUACACAUAUAUAUAAUGAGGCAAGCCGGAAUAUAUUCAGGAAUACUCUCCGGCGGCAGAACUGGGCCUCACUUGCUGCCGUUAGCGAGGAUAAAGAAGAUAAUGAAGAAGUCUGGCGACAACGUCAAGAUGAUAUCCGGGGAGGCGCCGAUUGUGUUUUCCAAGGCCUGUGAGCUGUUUAUAGAGGAGCUGACACAGAGGUCUUGGAUGGUUGCCAUGCAAGGAAAGAGAAGGACGCUUCACAAAGAGGACGUGGCCUCCGCUAUUGUAGCCACUGAUGUCUUUGACUUUCUUGUCGAUUUGGUGUCGGCGUCGUCUGGUAAUUCUGUUAACCCUGUCGACUUCUCCCCGGUGGAAAUGGAAACAGUACUCCAGUCUUAAGGCCCUUUUUUAUUUUUAUUUUUUUUAUUAUUAUUAUUAUUAACAUAUAUUACAAAGCAUUUAUAGCAAAACUAGCAUUAUUUAGCUUGAAGCCUUCGCCAUUAAUGGAUGUAAGCAAAAUUAAAGCACAUGUUCAUUGGGAACUUUUUUGUUUGUUUGUCUGUAUUUCAAUUUCUUCGGAUGAACGUGGGAAAGCUUCGUUUUUCUUUUGUUGUGAGAUCAUGAUAUAAGAUGCAAAUCUUUGAUA